AUUGAUUGAUUGUCAUCGCACAGCCUACCAACUUUCGCAUCCCUCACGACCACUUCAAUCCAGCCGUCAAGAUGGGUCGCGUUCGCACGAAGACCGUCAAGAAAUCCGCCAAAGUCAUCAUCGAGCGGUACUAUCCCAAACUCACCCUCGACUUCGAGACCAACAAGCGAAUCUGCGAUGAAAUCGCCAUUAUCGCCUCGAAGCGCCUUCGCAACAAGAUUGCAGGCUACACGACGCACUUGAUGAAACGUAUCCAACGGGGCCCCGUGCGCGGCAUCUCGUUCAAGCUGCAAGAAGAAGAGCGCGAGCGCAAGGAUCAAUACGUGCCCGAGAUCUCCGCCCUCGACUUCACCCAGAACACCGAGUCCGGCCAGCUCGACGUGGACAGCGACACCAAGGACCUGCUGAAGAGCAUGGGCUUCGACAGCAUCCCCGUCAACGUGGUCCCCGUGAGCCAGCAGGCUCCUCAAGAGCGCGGCGGAAGGAGAGUCUUCGGCACCGACCGCCCGGGUCGACGCGAGUAGAUUUUCACUCGAUGAGCACACAGAUGGAGCAAGAGCGGGUGAAAUGGGAGUGAUGGGACUGGGAUUGUGCGCUAUCGCCAUUCUUCCGACCGCGUCAUUCCCUCCGUUAUAUCCCUGAUCUCGAUCUACAAAAGUCCACGGCCUCGAGGAUGAAGUCAAACGUCAAGCAAAGCCUCACGCAGACCAAAACGCAGAAGACGUUCACCGCCGGCACCUACCUAUGCCCCCGGUUAGAUUUCACCUGGAAGCAAUUUGCCAUACUGCUACGAGAGCUGGGACAUCAAGGUUGUCGGCGUAGGUGGAGUUGCGACGGCGCGCCCCCAGACGUGCAGCAACGGCAGAGUAGAAAAAAACUCAUUCAAAACAUUCAAGGUGUCGCCUAGUCCCUCACGGACGAAGCUUGAUUGCCAAAACCUUUCCUUCUUCCUCUCCCUCUUGCAUUUCUGCACUACGUCAGGAGUGUAAGGCUUUGACUAACCGCCUUCCUCACACUCACUCCUGGGGAAUCUAUGCUGGCUCAUCCUCCCGGGUUCGACCAAGUUACUCGCACACAGGCUGUUCGAGGUCGAGCGAUGCCAAUGAUCAGAUCGAAUCGGAAAUUUUGUGUUCCACGAAACCUAGUGAUAGCCAACAUCGACUCGGAAUCUCCUGGCAAUAGGUUGGGCCUCUAGCGACCCCCUUUAGACCUUCAGCCCAUCCGAACGCCAAUGCAAUGCUCUGUACAUGUAGGAACUACCUCGC